UUCCAUCGAGGGGCCACGUAUGGACCUCAUCGCCAAAGGAUCCGGCUGCUAGGGAGUAUGGCCAUACCAGAACUGUCUCUAAACUGACUCUCUCAGCUGUAGUAGCUGUUCAGGACCAUGGCAGCAGGAGUGGCAGGGGGGGAAGGGCCCCCCGCCAUAGGGUGGAGGCCAGUGGCCACAGGUCCUAUGCCAGCUGCUCCACGGCAGGAGAGGAAGCGAAGCCAGGACUCUCUGAUUGUGCUGAACGUGAGUGGUAUCCAGUUCCAGACAUGGCUGGACACCUUAGAACGCUACCCCGACACUCUGCUGGGCAGUUCAGAGCGAGACUUCUUCUACCACCCUGAGACACAGCAGUACUUUUUUGAUCGGGACCCUGACAUCUUCCGCCACAUUCUCAACUUCUACCGUACAGGGAAGCUUCAUUACCCCCGCCAAGAGUGCAUCUCUGCUUAUGAUGAGGAGCUGGCCUUCUUUGGCAUCAUCCCUGAGAUCAUUGGCGACUGCUGUUAUGAGGAAUACAAGGAUCGCCGGCGUGAGAACGCUGAGCGCCUGCAGGAUGAUGCUGAUCAGGAUCAUGCAGCCGAGAGCUCCUUACCCUCUAUGACAGCUCGGCAGAGGAUGUGGCGGGCCUUUGAAAACCCACACACCAGUACACUGGCUCUGGUCUUCUACUAUGUCACUGGUUUCUUCAUUGCUGUCUCUGUUAUUGCCAAUGUGGUGGAAACAGUGCCCUGUGGGGUAAGCCCAGGCCGCAUCAAGGAGCUGCCCUGUGGAGAGCGCUAUGCUGUGGCUUUCUUCUGUCUGGAUACUGCCUGUGUCAUGAUCUUCACAGUUGAAUAUCUGUUACGCCUGCUGGCAGCCCCUAGUCGUUACAAGUUUGUACGCAGUGUCAUGAGCAUCAUUGAUGUGGUUGCCAUCAUGCCGUAUUAUAUUGGCCUGGUGAUGACAGAUAACGAGGAUGUCAGUGGGGCUUUUGUGACACUGCGAGUCUUUCGUGUCUUCAGGAUCUUUAAGUUUUCCCGUCACUCACAGGGGCUGCGCAUCCUGGGCUACACCCUGAAAAGUUGUGCCUCGGAGUUAGGCUUUCUCCUCUUCUCGCUUACCAUGGCCAUCAUCAUCUUUGCCACAGUCAUGUACUAUGCAGAGAAAGGUUCAUCAGCCAGCAAGUUCACCAGCAUCCCUGCAGCCUUCUGGUACACCAUUGUCACCAUGACAACACUGGGGUAUGGGGACAUGGUGCCAAAGACAAUAGCUGGCAAGAUUUUUGGUUCAAUAUGCUCCCUGAGUGGGGUCUUAGUCAUUGCUUUGCCAGUUCCUGUAAUUGUCUCCAACUUCAGCCGUAUCUACCACCAGAAUCAACGAGCAGACAAGCGCAGGGCACAAAAGAAAGCCAGACUUGCUCGAAUUCGUGCAGCAAAGAGUGGGAGUGCUAAUGCCUACAUGCAGAGCAAACGAAAUGGCUUACUGAGUAACCAGCUGCAGCAGUCCUCCAGUGAAGAAGAACAGGCCUUUGUUAGCAAAUCUGGCUCUUCCUUUGAAACACAGCACCACCACCUGCUUCACUGCCUGGAAAAAACCACGAAUCACGAGUUUGUGGACGAACAAGUCUAUGAAGAGAGCUGCAUGGAGGUUUCUACAGUUAAUAGACCCCCAAGCCACAGCCCUUCUCUCUCAUCUCAACAAGGCGUUACCAGCACUUGCUGCUCACGAAGGCAUAAAAAGACUUACCGCAUCCCAAACACCACCAUCACUGGCAGCCGUCAAGGCAGCGUACAAGAGCUCAGCACCAUCCAGAUCCGAUGUGUGGAGAGAACACCUCUGUCUAACAGCCGAUCCAGCUUAAAUGCCAAAGUGGAAGAGUGUGUUAAACUAAACUGUGAGCAGCCUUACGUCACUACAGCAAUAAUUAGCAUCCCAACACCUCCAGUCACCACACCUGAAGGAGAUGAUAGGCCAGAGUCUCCUGAGUAUUCAGGAGGAAACAUUGUCAGAGUAUCUGCUUUAUAAAAUACAGAAUUAUUUAUAAAUCAGAAUAAAGACCACUUGGAAGCUGAGCUCUAGCGGUGAGAAAAGAGUUCUGAAGAAUGAGAGAGCUGACAACGACAACGCCCCCUUGACGCGUGUGCUAGCAGCAACCGAUCAAGAGGUUCAAGAGAAACAAACACUUUGGGUUUCAGUGUUGUAGCGCGUGAACGAAUGGAGAUUCUAUGCACUGUUUGAACUGAUACACAGUGGAAGCUUCUGUGACCAUUCUGACUUACUAUAUGAGCACAAUGAAAUGUCCCCAUUGAUGCUUCUUCUUAUCAUGAGAGCUCUUUUUAGGAAAAAAAAAUACAACACAAAAAACAGAAACAAACCUGUGUUC